AUGUUUGAUCACGUUAUUAAUUGCAAGGCGAUCAACGAAAGGAUGUGUGUACUGAGGAUAAAAGGCCGGUUCUACAACUACAGCAUCAUCAACGUGCACUGUCCGCACGAAGGCAGACCCGACGGCGAGAAGGAAGCGUUCUAUGCGCAGCUGGAAGCGACAUACGACAGCGGUUCACCACGGGACAUCAAGAUCGUCAUCGGGGAUAUGAACGCCCAGGUUGGUAGGGAAACAAUGUACAGACCGGUGAUAGGCCCAUGCAGUCUACACACCAACACGAACGACAACGGCCAGCGAUGCAUCAACUUCGCAGCUUCCCGAGGCCUGGUGAUCAGAAGCACUUUCUUCCCCCGCAAGGAUAUUCAUAAUGCCACUUGGAGAUCACCUGACCAACAUACAACAAACCAAAUUGACCACAUCCUCAUCGAAGGCCGAUUUUUCUCAAACAUCACUAACAUACGCUCCCUGCGCGGUGCGGAUAUUGACUCGGAUCACUACCUAUUAAAAGACCCGCAAGCUGCCGAGAAUUACGCGCGCCUGUUGGAUGAGGCACUGCCCUCCUCUGGGGAUCUAAAUGCUUCGAAUCUCGAAGACGGCUGGAGUAAGAUUAGCUCUGCCAUCGAAGAGACCGCAACCGUGGUACUAGGUGAGGAAACUACGAGCCCACAAAACGACUGGUUCGACGGGGAGUGCCAGCAAGCGAUGGAGAGAAGCAAAACAGCUCGGAAAAACUAUCUAAGCAUUGCCACGAGGGAGAAUUUGUCCAAAUAUCGACGAGCGCGGAAUAAGUUGACCACGAUACUGCGGCGAAAAAAGCGCCAGCAGGAGGACAGGGAUCGUGACGAAUUAGAACAACUAUUUCAAGUUAAUGAUACGCGCAAGUUCUAUGAGAAGGUGAACCAAUCUCGUAAGAGCUACACACCGAAGCCAGACAUGUGUAGGGACGAGAAAGGAAACCUGAUUACAAGCGAGUGCGAGGUGGUCGACAGGUGGCAGCAGUUCUUCGAUAAGCACCUCAAUGGCGAGAUAGCAGAUGGAGCCGUAAUGGAAACCUACCUGGAAGUGCCCUCAAACGAUAAUGAUGUCCCAGCCCCCGACCUCCAGGAGAUCCAGAUUUGGGAGGAGGAGAAAUUACCGGAAGAAUGGAUGGAGGGUAUUGUUUGCCCCAUCUAUAAAAAGGGCGAUCGGUUCGAGUGCGGCAACUAUCGCGGCAUAACGCUAACUAACGCCGCUUACAAGGUGCUCUCCCAGAUUCUAACACGUCGUCUAUCCCCGAUAGCCAAAGGCUUCGUAGGGCAGUACCAAGCGGGCUUCGUGGGGGCCCGCGCCACUACGGACCAUAUUUUUGCCCUCCGACAAAUCCUCCAGAAAUGUCGGGAGUACAACGUGACCACUCAUCACAUAUUCAUAGACUUUAAGGCAGCUUAUGAUGCAGUCGUUCGAGAACAGCUUUGGCAGAUCAUGCACGACUACGGUUUUCCGGACAAACUGACACGGCAGAUUAAAGAUACCUUGGAGCGAGUUAUGUGCUACGUUCUUGUUUCGGGGGCACUCUCGAGCCCCUUUGAAUCACGCAGAGUGACUGGUUCAAUCAAACAGAGCAAUGAAAUUUGGAAGCAGUCACGACCCAAAGCGGUCAUAAGUGCAAACAAAACGCAAGCUUCUCCCGAAAGCUUACAAGCAAUGACACACUCCAAUCCUGGAGCGCCAUCUAACUAUCAACGAAACGUCAUCCACAGCUGA